AUGCCGUUAUCUACAAAACGAAGCAAGGUAAGUUUUUGUUUCUUAUAGACUUGUUUAAUAAUUGGUUUCAUUAAUUGUUGAAGUUAUAGAAUGUCAAACAGACUGGUCUCAAGAUGUCUAAAAAGAAGGCAGUUCAGUUCAAAAAAUCUGCCAAACCAGCCAAAAAGAAUGUUGACGUGGAAAUGGUGGAAGACUACAUUCAAGAAAUGGAAAUUGUAAGCAUAAAUUAUUUUAUAGUUCUCCUCAGUAAUUAUCAUGCUUUUCUAUAAUGUAAUUCAAUGUUUUUACAAUUUACAAAAUGGUCCGAAAUAAUCUUUGUCUUUAGGACAUUCCAAAGACCACAAAGCCUAAAACAGACAAAACCACCAAGAAGAGGGUGAUGAGACAAGAACGGAAAGACAAAAUGAGGAGUUUCUUGAAGAAGAAGAUUCAGAAGACAAAAGCCACCAAUCCGGACAAUAUGGAAGCCGCGGCAUCAGAAGCAUCUGAAGAAGUACCAGAAAAGACAAAACCGAAAGUAAACGAAAACCGGCUAAAGAAGGCUGACCUGCCGAUUGUGUUGAAUGCCAAAGACAAGAAACGACUGGCAGCCAUACAGAAAGAAUCCAAGUCUACGGGCAUGGUGUCGGCCAGAAGAAUAUCCAAGAAGAAGGCAAAGAAGAUAUUCCAGGCCCAGAAUCGAGCAGCCAGAGAGAAGGAGCGUCUCGAGAAGGGAAUGGAGCUCUAA